AUGGCUCCUGGAAAUCUCACACAGGUCACUGAGUUCAUUCUCAUGGGAGUUUCAGACCGUCCAGAGAUGCAGGUCCCCCUGUUCAUGGUUUUCCUGGUCAUCUAUGUGCUGACGGCCACAGGGAACCUGGGCAUCAUCACCCUCACCACUGUGGACUCUCGACUCCACACUCCCAUGUACUUCUUCCUCCGACAUCUGGCUGUCAUCAACCUUGGCAACUCCACUGUCAUUGCCCCUAAGAUGCUGGUCAACUUCUUAGUAAGUAGGAAAACCACCUCCUAUUAUGAAUGUGCCACUCAACUGGGGGGAUUCUUGGUUUUCAUUGUAGCGGAGAUAUUCAUGUUGGCUGUGAUGGCCUAUGACCGCUACGUGGCCAUCUGCAACCCUCUGCUCUACAUGGUGGUGGUGUCUCGACGGGUCUGCCUUCUGCUGGUGUCCCUCACAUACCUGUAUGGAUUUUCCACAGCCAUUUUUGUUUCAUCCUGUGUGUUCUCUGUGUCCUACUGCUCAAACAAUAUCAUCAACCAUUUUUAUUGUGAUAAUGUCCCAUUGUUAGCAUUGUCAUGUUCUGAUACCCACCUUCCAGAAACAGUAGUCUUUAUAUCUGCAGCUACAAAUUUGUUUUUUUUCAUGAGUAUAGUAUUAGUAUCUUAUUUCAACAUUGUUUUGUCUAUUCUAAGGAUUCGCUCAUCAGAAGGAAGAAAGAAAGCAUUUUCCACCUGUGCAUCACACAUGAUGGCUGUCACUGUUUUCUAUGGGACACUACUAUUUAUGUAUUUGCAGCCUCAGACUAAUCAUUCGCUGGAUACUGAUAAGAUGGCUUCAGUGUUUUACACUCUGGUGAUCCCUAUGUUGAACCCCAUGAUCUACAGCUUGAGAAAUAAGGAUGUGAAAGCUGCUUUAAACAGAUUCUUGACAAACCCAUGCUAUUCCUUAAAAUCAAUAUAA